CGAGGGCUUCGGCUUUUGUACGUCUCCCCCUCCCCGGCGCGCUCCAUGCCGGCUCUGUCUCUCCAGCUCGCCUGGGCUCGCUCGCGCGCCCGGAGAGUUGGCGCAAACCUCGCCGCCGCCGCCUCGCGCGGGCUCCCGCCCCAGCCUCGCCACCUUUCCCUGCGCCCGCCGCUCCCGCCAUGGGGCCAACUUGGGGCUCCUAGGAGUUGCCGCUUCUUAGCAACGCGCUCUCCGGCCAAAGUCCCCGCGGGCGGGCUAUGGCUUAGGGCGCACAAGGGGCUAGCCUGGAGAUAACGAGAAGGGGAAAGGACGGCUAACUGGGGAAAAAGAGACCAAACGAUGAGUUUCCACAAGGAGGACGGAGUGAGCAGCCUGUGCCAGAAGGCGCUGCACAUCGUCACCGAGCUGUGCUUCGCGGGCCAGGUGGAGUGGGAGAAGUGCUCGGGCAUCUUCCCCGCGGACAGGGGCAGCCAGGGAGGAGGCAGCACAGAUAUUUCAGUCAGCUUGUUAGCAGUCGUUGUCAGCUUUUGUGGCCUGGCCUUGUUGGUUGUCUCACUUUUUGUCUUCUGGAAGUUGUGCUGGCCUUGCUGGAAGAGCAAACCCGUGACUCCCAACGUUAGUACCAUUCCACAGAGCAUGUCAAGUGCUCCUACUGAAGUUUUUGAGACUGAAGAGAAAAAGGAGGUUAAAGAAAAUGCAAAGCCAGCACUGAAAGCUCUUGAGCCUGCGAUAAAAAUCAGCCACACUUCCCCUGAUAUCCCAGCAGAAGUCCAGAAUGCUUUAAAAGAACAUUUAAUUAAACAUGCACGUGUGCAAAGACAAACUACUGAGCCUACGUCUUCAUCCCGCCACAAUUCCUUCAGGAGACACCUACCAAGGCAAAUGCAGAUUUCCAGUGUUGAUUUUAGCACGGGCACAGAACCUGUUUUACAAAGAGGAGAAACAACAACCAGCAUUGGCAGGAUAAAACCAGAGCUCUACAAACAGAAAUCAGUUGACUCUGAGGGCAACACGAAAGAAGACGUCAAAACCUGUGGGAAAUUUAACUUUACCCUCCAGUAUGAUUACGAAAAUGAACUUCUAGUUGUUAAAAUUAUCAAAGCCUUAGAUCUCCCUGCUAAAGACUUCACAGGAACUUCAGACCCUUAUGUGAAGAUGUAUCUUCUUCCAGACAGGAAAAAGAAAUUUCAGACCCGCGUCCACAGAAAGACUUUAAAUCCUCUAUUUGAUGAAACUUUUCAGUUUCCUGUAGCAUACGAUCAACUAAGCAACCGAAAACUACAUUUCAGUGUAUAUGAUUUUGACAGAUUUUCUAGACAUGACAUGAUUGGAGAAGUGAUUCUUGACAAUUUGUUUGAAGUCUCCGAUCUCUCCAGGGAAGCCACAAUAUGGAAAGAUAUUCAUUGUGCUACCACAGAAAGCAUAGACCUGGGUGAAAUCAUGUUUUCCCUUUGUUAUUUGCCAACUGCUGGACGUAUGACCUUGACAGUCAUCAAGUGCAGAAAUCUGAAGGCUAUGGAUAUUACUGGCUCAUCAGAUCCUUAUGUCAAAGUGUCUCUGAUGUGUGAGGGUCGAAGAUUAAAAAAGAGGAAAACAACUACAAAGAAAAACACUCUAAACCCUGUGUACAAUGAGGCCAUUAUUUUUGACAUCCCUCCGGAGAAUGUGGACCAGGUCAGCCUCUCCAUUGCCGUCAUGGAUUAUGAUAGGGUAGGACACAAUGAGGUCAUUGGAGUGUGUAGAACAGGCCUGGAUGCUGAGGGUCUUGGGCGAGACCACUGGAAUGAAAUGCUGGCCUACCACCGAAAACCAAUAACACACUGGCACCCCUUGCUGGAGCUACCUGGCCGGGCGACCAGUUUUGAUAGUCAAGGAUCCUGUCCAUCUCCCAAACCACCUCCCACACCAUAAUGCCUCCAAAAUAAGACCAUUAUAAUCAGGACCCAGGAUCAUGUGCUCAUCAGAUCAGAAAAAAAGUGGACGGUUUGAUUUCCUCAUUUAAAAUACAUCUUGAUAAUGAACAAACUUGUGCAAUUUUCAUUUACUUUUUUUGUCUGUUUAUUAACUUUGGACAUCUUGAUAUAUUUUACUUGAAUACAAAUAGUCCUUACUUAUAGAAGGCAUUUUAUUCUUCGUGUCAUAUGCCUAUUAGCACAGAGUGUUUUAAUAAGUUGUAAUUGUUUUCAUAAGCAAAGAAAUAUGUUUUUUAGAAAGAACCCAUACUAAUCUGAAAUUGAAUAUAGUGUAUGCUGCUAUUGUAUACAGGGGCACAUGUCACAUAUGUAUGGUUUUGAUUUUGUUACAAUGAUGUUUAUUUCUAGGUGUGCACAUGGUCCUAUAAAAACUUUAACAGAAAUUUCAGACUUAACUUACACAACAUUAAAAUAUUUGUGCUAUCAAAUUAAUGUUACCCAUCUGAUAAUAUAUUCUUUCAUUCUCAGCAAAUUCUUUUCUUGGUAAGGCUUGGCUCUGCCAAACUCAAAACUUUGUCUCUCAAGCUUGUUCUUUAAAACAUACAGAUGGAACUAUAAUUUAAAGAACCAUUUUGAAUAUAAAUUUAAGAAGUAAUAUUUAGUAGCUGGAAAAUGGAGGUUGAGCCAUUUGGGCUACCAUUUUAUACUGUCUUAAUGUUACAUUAGUUCAAACAUCUGUUGCACUGUUUUACUGACAUUUUUAAAAUUCUAAUAAUCUUAAUCUCAAAUGUAGCAUUAGUAUUCCUGAAAGAAUAGAGUCAGAAGUCAUUCAUUUUUUUAAGUGUUCGUAAGGUUAAGUACUGUGGCAUAUAUUUUGUGACAUGAAGCUAUGACGUAGAUCUUGUAUUUCUGAUAGAUGAUACUAAUAGACACCAAAGGUACAAUAAAUGUCUGUGCUCAUUGUCAUUUAGAUUGUACACAGUAAUGGUGACCUUUAAACCAAAUCAGAAGUUAAUCAUUAGAAUUAGGUAUUUUCUUCAAGAAAGGAUGACUUAUUUUUCAGCAAAUUAUAGAAAUAUACCAUAAAUAAUAUAACUUCAACAUUUAAUAAAAAUAAACAAAGAAUUCUAAAGGCCCAGACCCACAGUCCUUUCAUGAAAGGCAUUUCCCUUCAUAAGGAUCAAGGAUCAGGCCGCUAGUCCUAAAAACUAUGCAAAUGUUUUUACAUGACGGAACUUUCUUUUAAAUCAGGUGAACUUUUUAUUGUCUCAUUUCCGGGCCCUAUAUCUAUAUCUAAACUAUAUUGAAUGACCCCAACCUUACUUUUGAGAUGUGUAUUAUGGAUAGUGCAUAUUUCAAGCUUAUUCCAAGAUAAGAGGUUAAAAGAACCAAAGAAAGGCAAGAAAAUAUGCACUUAGACUAUAAAAACACAUUCAUCAGAAUGAGAAAAUUUUAUCAACAAUUAUAAAAUUUUGAUUUUAGUAAUAUCUCUUAUUUCUAAAUAUUAAAAAAAAACGUUUUAAAAGCCUUGACAUUUAGUUUGCUGGCCUCUCUCAUAAUGAUGGCAUUACUGUUAAUUAAGAUGUAAAUAUUUUCCACAUUAAUAUUUUAAAAGCAACACAAUUCCCUAAAAUUUUUCAAAAAUGCUUGUACCAUCCUAAUGAAAACAAGUAUUUCUAGCUAACAUUUUCUAAUUUAAAAAUAAUAGAAGAAAACUGUUUGAAAAUACCUGGCUACCUUAUCAAGCCUAGAAGAACCAUUUACUGUAGACAGAGUGACUUCAGAUAACACUUCUAUUUUGGAAUUCUUUGUUUUACUGGGAAAUAAAAAUUGUCAAAUGGGAAGACAAAAGUUAUACUCUUAAUAAAAUGGCAUUAUUGGAGUCAAUUGUUUUAUUAGUAGAUAUAGCUGCAGGUUAUAUUUCAUUAGCAACUAUGUUUCCUAAGUGAGUAUAAUAAUUAUUUUCACCUGAAAACAUAUUUUAAGGACUUUUUAUUCAUUCUUAGAACCUCGUGUUUUCUUUGCCUCCUAUGGAGAAAAAGCCAAUAUGUGAUGAAAAAAUGCAAUGACUAGCCAGCCAGGAGAUUUUAAUACGGGGAUUGUAGAUUAAAGUAAGUUUUUAAGGUAAUUUUUUAAAAAUGUUUCCCAGGGGGGCCUGACCGGUGGCACAGCAGUUGACUUCACAUGU